CGCCAUGACAGUAGUCGUAUUUUCUCUAAACUGCAACAACAAUUAUUCUUCCGUAUAUUUUUGUAAAAUUAUCGAGGUUCCAGGCCCGGUUCAUACCCUGUUCGGCACUCAUACUGCCCCGGGUUUUUCCUAGUUUCAUUUGGUGAUAUUUGUCGACGCGGUAGUCGCGGUGCGUGGCCAUUAUCGAAGGAUUUGCUUGUGGGUACCUGUGGCGAGGUGAGGUGUUGGAGAGGCGUCCCCCCUCGCGUCGGGACGCACGUCCCCGGCCUCGACGACCGAGAUGCCAGCCCCGCCAACAACAGCAAACACGUCAAGGAACGAUGAGCUACAGAUGACGAUUGUCAACAAUCCUCAUUGAACGAAGAUGAACGGGGAGCAGCAUGCACUGCCAGCGACUACGCAGGGGCAGCAAGAGGAAGUAAACGUGGGUCAAAGUGGUCGCCCUUCGUAUCCGAGUGGAUUGACCACUAGCUCUGGUCUUGGGAACGUAGGAAGUAUUCCCCAUUCGUCGGCAGAUCUGCGCGUAGGUACAGCCGUAGCCUUAGCCUCUUCGGUAGCUAAAUAUUGGGUCCUGACCAAUCUCUUUCCUGGGGCACCGCUUCCUCAGGUUUCGGUAUAUCACCACGCCCACCAUAAUUCCUCGCAUCGAACUGCUGCUGGAGACACGGCAAAUAAAGAACCAGCAUCUGCGUUAUCUCAAGAAAUGGCAUUGGCUCAGAACUCUCAUCAGCAAGCAUCUACUUCGCAUCAUCAUCAGCAAACUUCGGUUAAUACCAACAAUCAACAUAACUCCUUGCACCCAAAUGCACAGAUUCCAGUAUCGCUGCCUGGUCUCAGUUUAGACGGUACCCACAUACCCCCAAGUGUCAGCCAUUUGCAUGCAGCACAUGCACAAAUGCAGCAACAAAUGCAGUCCCAACAGCAAUUGCAUCAGCAGCAGCAGCAGCAGCAGCAACAACAACAACAACAACAACAACAACAGCAGCAGCAGCAACAGCAACAGCAGCAGCAGCAACAGCAGCAACAACAACAACAGCAAUCACAUCAUCAAAUGCAAAAUCAUCAGACUAGUCAAAAUAGUGGGCACAGCCCGCCAAACCAGCCAAGUAAUCAGAGGGAUGAAAAUAAAGUGAAAGAUGAAGGUGGAAGUUGUACAACUGAGAGAUGCAGUGAUAAUCAAGUUCACUGUCAGGUUCAGUGCGACCUCCAGUUGCAACCGCAGGCACAGGCCGACAUGCAACAGAGUUUAAUGCAGCAACAGCAGCAGCAACAACAGCAGCAGCAGCAGCAGCAGCAGCAGCAGCAACAGCAGCAAAUUGGGGUUAAUAUAGGAGGAAAUAGUUCUACAGAUGGUGGAAAUCAGAACAAUUCUGACAGUAUGAAAACUGAGAAAGAAAAGGAGAUGCGUCAGCAUAGUAUGGCGCAAUUCCAGUUACCUGAUCUUAAACCUGGAGGACAUAUGAUGGAUGUAAGAACGGCAGAUGGUUCAGUUGUCAAAAUAAGUGCUGGUAGCGAACAGGAUCUUGCAAAGACACUGGGCGUUGAGAUGGUGCAGAACAUGUACAAGGUCAACGUCGAGGAUAUAAAUCAACUUUUGGCAUACCAUGAAGUUUUUGGUAAACUACAGAGUGAAAUAGCUGCCGGAACAACAUUGGUGGGCGGUACUGUGCCGACCCAAACAGUAACCACCAUACAAAACGGAACUCCAAUAGUGCAACAGGUUCAGUUGAAUAAAUUUGAUAUAAAAACAAGUGACGGAGAAGCAACCCCGGGACCAAGCGCAUCUCCUGUCUCCGUAGGUAGUCAUGCCUGCGAAGUAUGUGGAAAAAUAUUUCAGUUUCGUUAUCAACUUAUUGUACAUCGGAGAUAUCACACGGAGCGCAAGCCUUUUACAUGCCAGGUCUGUGGUAAAGCAUUUACCAAUGCCAAUGACCUCACACGCCAUGGUAAAUGCCAUCUUGGAGGAUCUAUGUUCACUUGCGCGGUUUGUUUUCACGUGUUUGCUAAUGCCCCAUCACUGGAACGACAUAUGAAGAGACAUGCUACUGACAAACCUUACAAUUGUACCGUUUGCGGAAAAAGUUUCGCCAGGAAGGAACACUUGGACAACCACACUCGAUGUCACACAGGCGAAACGCCUUAUAGAUGUCAGUAUUGCGCCAAGACAUUCACCAGGAAGGAGCACAUGGUUAACCACGUUCGUAAACAUACCGGUGAGACACCACAUCGAUGUGACAUAUGCAAGAAGAGUUUUACGAGAAAAGAGCAUUUUAUGAACCACGUUAUGUGGCAUACAGGGGAAACUCCUCAUCACUGCCAAGUCUGUGGAAAGAAGUAUACUCGCAAGGAACAUCUCGCCAAUCACAUGCGAUCCCACACCAACGAUACGCCCUUUCGCUGUGAAAUUUGUGGUAAGUCGUUCACACGGAAGGAGCACUUCACGAACCACAUAAUGUGGCAUACCGGCGAGACACCGCAUCGCUGUGAUUUCUGCUCAAAGACGUUCACUCGGAAGGAGCAUCUCUUGAACCACGUUCGCCAGCACACGGGUGAGUCCCCACACCGAUGCGGCUUCUGCUCCAAAUCGUUCACCAGAAAGGAACACCUUGUUAAUCACAUCCGCCAACACACAGGGGAGACGCCAUUCCGCUGCCAGUACUGCCCGAAGGCGUUCACACGUAAGGAUCACUUGGUUAAUCACGUCAGGCAGCACACGGGUGAGUCACCGCACAAGUGCCAGUAUUGCACCAAAUCGUUCACGCGGAAGGAACAUUUGACCAAUCACGUGCGUCAACACACAGGCGAAUCGCCACACCGAUGUCACUUCUGCUCCAAGUCGUUUACUCGAAAGGAGCACCUGACCAAUCACGUUCGUAUCCAUACUGGGGAAUCGCCACACAGAUGCGAGUUCUGCCAGAGGACCUUUACUAGGAAAGAACAUCUUAACAAUCAUCUUCGCCAACAUACAGGCGAAUCUUCGCAUUGCUGCAACGUAUGCUCCAAACCAUUCACCAGAAAAGAACACCUUGUGAAUCACAUGAGAUGUCAUACUGGCGAACGUCCGUUCGUUUGCACCGAAUGCGGCAAAAGUUUCCCUCUUAAAGGAAACCUCUUGUUCCACAUGCGAUCCCACAACAAAGGUAGCAACGCGGAAAGACCGUUCAGAUGCGAUCUGUGCCCGAAAGAUUUUAUGUGCAAAGGACACUUGGUGUCCCAUAGACGCUCUCAUUCGGACGAAAGACCGCACAGCUGCCCGGAUUGUGGAAAAACUUUUGUUGAAAAAGGAAAUAUGUUGAGGCAUCUUAGAAAGCAUGCAGCUGAGGGACCGCCGACACAAGUCAGCACACCUUCGGCUAUUCCUCAGCCAGGAGUUCUCCCUAUUCCUACAGCUGCUGUUUUAGUUGGGCAUCCAUUGGCUCCACCAGCGCCACCGGUUGUGCCCCAACAUACCGUCGUUGUGCCGACACCACCUGGAGUUUUAACGUCGUAUUAAUGAAAUUGCGAACGAUUAUUAACAGUUUAUUACCGCAGUGGAUAUAUGUGACAUAAAUUAGUGUUAAUUAAUUAUAUAUACAUACAUAUAUAUAUACAUAACACAAUAUUAUAAAUAGUCGCUUGGCGUGAAAUCUUUGACCCCCUUUUCUAGUUUUUCUUUUCUGUCAAUUCACUGGAUUUUUAUACUUCGUAUUUAUCGAACAUGUGCAUACAAAAUUUAUUUUGGCACAUUGAAUAUUACUAUAAGAAAAGAAAUCACUUUAAAGUCGUUACGAAGGCGGCUAUAGAUGGUGGACGAUUUCAUGUUCAAUGAGUUCAUAGUAUCAGUAAAUGAUUGGUACUGAAAUUUAAUACUUUUGAUCUUGAACUGAACAGCUUUUAUGAUUAAUAGAACAUCAUUCAACUGAAGUUAAGGGAAACUUUUAUGAUAUCUGAAUUAUUUGAAUUGAAUCUUCAUUUCAAAAAUGCGAGCGCUUCGUAAUUGACACGCAAAUUUUAGAACAUGUUCAAUAUCUUUGGAAUUAUGUAUAUAAAUUUAAUCUGUUUGUUGAAAGAUGUGCAACUUGACGAUUGCGAUAUUGAUAAAGUAGAAAUAUUGCAAGAUCUCUCACAUUUUAAUAUAAAUAUAAAUUCUAUAUUCCUCUGAAUUGAAUAAUUUCACCCAAAAUACUAUAGUACGCGCUUACUACAUGUUCUGGAAAAGAAAGUCGUCAAAAAAUUACGUAACUGACUAGCCAACUAAACUGUGAUAGUUUCUUGUAUCGAAAAUUAGCAAAUUUCUCAAAACUUGUACAGUAAUUUUGUGACGAGUCGGCAAUAAUUGGUCCCCAAAUAUCUGCGAGCGCUCGCAUUUUUUUUGCUUUACUAAACACGUUCAUCGUACCGUACUACAGUAGAACAUCGAUUAUCUGAAUCAAUUGGGACCGAGACUACAUCGGAAAAUCAAAAGCAUAACCGAAAAGAAAUUGUUAUCGUAGACGAUGACAUGUACAACACAAAUAAAUGUUCGCGCUAACAAGGAGCAAAUAAAAAUUAUUGAUAGAAGUAACGUACAAGUGGUCUAACGCUGGAAGAUGGAAAACGCACUUGAGCAUGUUCGACCACGCGUGGUUCUCGCAAAAUCGGAGCUAAUAACAAUGUAUAUUUCUUGCCAAAAUGCAUUUUUUGAGCCAGCGUUCGGGUAAUUGAGUUCUUAGAUAAGUUAAGAUGUAGUUCAGAUAACUGAGAUUUGGAUAAUCAUGGUUUUAUUGUAGUUAUACUCUGUCGAAUAGAAUUCACAACUGUUAAUUGUAUCGAAUGAAUCUAACAAAUUCAUUUCAUUCACGAUUCCUGGUUAGAAUUCGCGAUUGCCGCUACUCUCUUGGUCAGCAUAACACUAAUAAUCGCAAAGACUGCCCCACAUUAGUCCGUCAUAUUGUUGUAUUGCCUGCCUUUGAGUAGGUCGCAAUGCGACGCAUCAAUGUGUAGCAUCCUCAAUGUAUACUACAUCAACAAUUUCAAUGUAACAUGAUCAACGUAUAAUUAUUCCCAAAGAAAAUUAAAUUGCAGCUAGUGUUUUCAAGUUUAUACUAAAACAAAAAUACAAAAGACAAAAAAAAAAUUUACAGGCAAGUUAGUUUGCAAAAAAUACGAAGCGAGUGCAGGGCGGUGGAGGGCAAGUCAAGGCAGGGGGGAAAAAAUGAAAGUGAACUGAUUUUAC